AUGGCAUCGACAAUAGAAAGCUUUUACAAUAGAACGACGACUGCCGACAUGAAGGAUUGGCCACGCAAUGCCGUUUUGUACCAGCCGUACGAGGAGGAACAGAUACUGCUGGCGGAAAAUGCUAGCUGUCUGGCGGUACGAACCUAUCUAAAAAUGCUUAACCUUCCCGUGGCAGUGGAGCAACGGGCGAAUGCGGAAUUCAUCUCGCCCGGUGGCCGGCGAACGAAGCUGCCCGUGCUACGGGUAGAAAACUUCAUAUACGCCGAGUUUGAUCACAUCGUCACGUUCGUGGAGCAAAAUUUUAACAAAUCACUCAGUGCAGACCUUUCAUCGGAAGAUAAAGAUUUGGUGCGUUCACUCAUCUGCCUGGCGGAGCACAUGUUUACCAAUGCCGAGCAGUACAUCAGCUGGGUGGAUGCGGAUGUGCGCGACGCAGUGACGAAGCAACGCAAUGGAUGUGUGUUUCCGUUUCCGCUUAAUUAUGUGCAGAACUGGCGCAAGGAAAGUGCCGUAAAGCAACAGCUUCGGAUGGCAGAUUACCUAAACGUAAACUUGGACAGGGUCGUAGCGGAUGUGGAUCACCUGUGUCAGGAUUUGAGCAACCGGUUGGGCGAUAAUAUGUAUUUCUUCGGUGAAAAGCCAACGGAAUUGGAUGCGCUCGUGUUUGGUCAUCUGUACAGUAUUUUUACCAUGAAGCUGCCUAACAACGUGCUUGCCGAAACAAUCAACAAGCACAGCAAUUUGAAAAAUUUGUGCUUCCACAUCGACGUGGAUUACUUUACGGCGAAGGAAAAGGGCAAAUUAAUGAAAUAA